AUGGCCUCACAUCCCAAUUCAAGUAAUGAUUCGUUUGAACUCUAUGACCUCAAAGUCGAGGUUGUGUGCCCGCCGGGAAAACGAAUCCUUUGCGGUGCCAAUGAGGGAGACUAUUUCACUCUUCAAGGCGAGAUGCUGUACCUCCCCCCAAAUCAGGGUAUCAGCAUAUACAGUCUAGCCUCCAUUAUUCCAUUGCUUCCCGCGAAGCAGCGAAUGACAUCCAAGAACGACUGGAUGACUACGGAUGCGCUCAUCGCAUGCCCGGACCCGAACUGCCCUUCCCAGCUGAAGAUUAUCCGGGAGGGUGUUCGAACAUUCAACCACUCUGAGACUACGGUGGUGCCGUUGGAGAAAUGA